CAGCUCAAGUUCUUGUUGAUACACCAGCUAACUUCCGCCUUUCGCCCCCCGAUUGCCAGCAUCUGGAAAGAUCUGGCCGCGUCCCUCGUUUGUCGCUCGAUACAGUCCUUUAGAUCAUCUAGAUACCCACCCCGACAGAGCCAUGGCCUACUACCUUCUUUACUUCUUGACAUUGUCCGUCGUGGUUUGUGGCACCGCACUCUACCUCACACGGGCGCGAUGGUUGCCGUUGAUCCCGGUGCCCGACUAUAUCUAUCAUCGUCUUCCUGCCAGUUUUGCCGGCGAUCUAGAGGCCGGCUUGACGUCGUCGCAGUUUGACCUCUCAGCCAAUAUCGCCGAUGGCGAUGCCAGAGCGGGUCUCGAUCGGAAUGCCAAGCGAGAAGUGAGGAAAAUCAUGAAGCGUCAGAACGUCAAUUUCGAUGAAGCUCGUCGGAUCUAUACCGAACAACGAUUCGCCAAAAACAAUAUAGGCCCUGAUGGCCGGCCCCGAGAUCCCAAGUUUGUGUCCUUUUCUUGAUCAACGCCAUCGUUGCGGCUCCUCCAACGUUCUCUCCCUUCGUUUCCCCCCUUUUCUUUUCCUUGGUGUUAUCUUCUCUUUCCGGCGCUUCCCUGGAGGUUGCUCACAGAUAUUCGAUGCUGAUCACAACACCCUCCUCACUGUCCUUCUCGCUCAUCUUUGGUCCGAAAUGGCGGCUUUGGAUCGGAUUAGUCUCGAGUCGUUGCAAUUGAUCAUAUCUCCCUCCAACUGUUAUAAUAGAAACCGUGUUCAUAUAAUACUGUUCC